AUGUCUGGAACCAUGCCGCUUCAACCGACAUUCUAUGGUUUCAUAGGUGAUACCACUGAUGCCUUGAUCAUUUUCGAGGCAUGUCUCUCUGGCAAACUGUCUCACGUCCCUCGUCGACCACAUGACCGUGAGCGUCAAGAUCUCAUCAAAAGCGGCAAUGUCUUCGUCUACGAAGAGCAUGCUUCUGGAAUCAAGCGCUGGACCGACAGCAUCUCGUGGAGCCCCAGCCGUAUCCUUGGCAACUACCUCCUGUACCGCGAGCUGGAGAAGCCCUUUCCACCCGGAGAGAAGAAGCGCGCCAGGGGAAGGAAUGGCAAGUCAGCCACACAAUCUGGAGGCAUCACGAAAUCACGACCACGAAACCCUGUCCCUUACCAAACAGGCCUGGAACAUGGUUCUGAGUACACUACUGUGGCCAGUGAUGAUGAGCGCCAUCUGGUCGGUUCACUCGUCGACUCCUACGACUUCAAGGAGCAAGGACUCGUCAAGAAGACGAUCAGCAUCACGUACCAAGGCGUGCCUCAUCACCUCGUUAGUUACUACCAUGUGGAGGACGUCAAGGCUGGUGCUCUGCCAGGUCCUGUGGAUGACCCCAGACUCCGCGGCGUCGUUCCUCGAACAGAGCUCCUGACAGGUCAGAACUUCCGCGCCCCAGUCGAGGAGGUACCACAGGCUGCAUACGCUUUGAGCGGCAGCUACCUGCCAAACAUGGAGCCCCACCGCAACUACAGCACCAGCCGCAACUACAGCACCAGCCACAACUACAGCACCAACACCAGCCACAUCACCAACACCAGCCGCAACUACAGCACCAGCCGCAACACCAACCGGAGCACCAACAUCUGCCGCAACUACAGCACCAGCAACCGGCAAUGUACCCGCAACAGACGCUGCCUGUGCACCAACACCCGCCUGUAUACCAGCAACAGUACCAACAGUCAGGGUGGUGGUAGGGAAAUGAGCUUAGGGGGAGGAUAA